AUGCCUGUACGAGCAAUGUUUGACGAUGACGACUACUCCUCGCCUGACUCGGAGUUCGAGACCGACGUCUCCACACGGCGAACAGGUCUUAGAACCCAUAUCCGCGAGCGCUCUGUCUCUCGCCACCGUCGCCCGGAAGUCAUCUCUCGCGAGUACCUAGCGCCAACUCAAACCCGCGUGCACCGGUCGGCCUCGACAGGCGGCGGUCGACGCCGCGAGCGCGGCCCACCACUAGCACCUCCACCACCAGCGGUAAUGAUUUUCAAUGAGCAAGGGCUGCAGUCAGAGAGUCGCUCGGAGAACAAGCCUCAGUCUCGACGAGUGCAGAACCAGUUCAGCGAAAAGAACACCAACACCCAUAACCACAGGCACAACCGCUUCGAGGAUGAAUUUGACGAAAUUCUGCAAGCGCCGGUCGCCCCACGCCGCCGUGUGCGCGCCGCCAGCAGCGUCUCGCGCGAUGCAUCCCCCUUCCAUCGUGACCACGAGCUAGCCAUGAGCCAACACAUGCUGGAGCGCAACGACAUCCGGCAGGACAUGGGUCAGCAUCUGCUGGAGCGCAAUGAUCUCCGGCAGGACAUGGAUCUCUGGAAGCAUCAGCAGGAGAUCGAACGGCUGCAGCGGGAGCUGCAGAAGUCUCAUGGCCGCAGCGACAAAGAGCGCGAGAAAAUUAUUGUGAACCCGCAACCCAAUCCGCACGAUGCUCGACUGCUCAAAGAGGAGCUAGAGUACGAGGAAGAGAUUGCCGAGCGGCUGCGUAAGCUACAGCGGUUGGAGCACAAGCAGCAUUCUGCGGAGGAGGAACGCAAGGCUGAGGAGCGCUAUCAGCUCAAGAGGAUGGCGGCGGAGAAGAGGGCUGCUGCUGAGGAGGAGGAGGUUAGACAUAAACUCCAGGAGGAGAGGUUGAAGGAGAUUGCACGCAUGCAGGAUGAGAAGGGGAAGAGGGAGAAGCUCGUACGGGAGGAAAAGUGGAAGGAGCUUGCAAGGAUGAAGGAGGAGGAAGAGGAGAGGGAGAAGCUUGUGCGAGAGGAAAAGUGGAAAGAGCUUGCCCGUCAGAAGGAAGAAGAGGAGGAGCAUGAAAAGCUCGUUCAGCAGAUUCGAGACGAGGAUAUGCGGAAGGCGAGGGAGGCCGAGGAGAAGAGGAAGAAGGAGCUCGCUAUGAAGGCUGCUGCUGUUGAGGAGUGGAAGCUUGAACAGGAGCGGAUCAAGCAGAGACAGGCGGAGGAGGCAAUCCGGAAGGCGAAGGAGUUCCGCGAUCACCUUCGCAACAUUGGCUAUUCUGAGGAGGAGAUUGACGGUAUCAUCAAUAAGAAAAAGGAGGAAAAGAAGAAAGAUGAGAAGAAGAAGGAAGACAAAAAGGAUGAGAAGAAAGACGAGAAGAAGGAUGAGAAGAAGAAGGAAGAGACCAAGCUCACAUGGAUUAAGGUCCAUCGCAAGCACUUGCUGCCAGAUAGCUUGAUGGCUUACGGUCUGCCUUGGGACUGGGACGAGCACGACCCCAACUACAUCAUCAUCAAACAGUGGAUUGACGAUGACUUCCAAGAAAUUCUCUUCGCCCACACCCGACGUAUACGCGAGGGCAAGGUCCUCGCCCAGACCUCUCACUCGACGACCGAACUGAAAGUUAACGACCGCAAAAAGGACAGACUAUACAUGGUUCGGAAGAAGAGCCCUUCAGGCCGGGUGCGCAUCUUCGGAUAA